AUGCCAGGCAACACUAAAAUCAUUUUAGUGUUCGGCGCGCUGGAGAGCGGCGCGCUGGGCGGCGGCGGCGGCGGCGGCGCGCUCGGCGCGCUGCGUGCGGCCGGCUCGCCGCCCGCGCCCAGCCUCGGCGCCAGCCGGCACAGCCUCAUAGGUGAGUACGUUUACAGCGGCUCAAAGUCGAGCAAAGGUGUAAAGUCCAGAAGACCUUGA